GGAAUUUUUCAAAUCGCCAAGAGGCGCUCUGUGUUCAGCGAAGAGGAGUUUAAGGACACAAACAAUGCAGAGACCAAAUAAAGGGAAGACUCCUCGGAGACCGGGCCCUAAAAAGGCCUUCAACAUAGAGAAGGAUCCCGUUGGGGUGUACUGUCGAAUACGUCCGCUCGGAGCAGAAAAUGAGGAGUGUUGCGUUGAGAUGAUCAGCUGCUCCACCAUUCAGCUCCACGCCCCCGACGGGCUCAAAGCCAACCGCAACGGGGAGUACAAGGAGACACAGUACUCAUUUAAAAAGGUUUUUGGUAUUAAUACCACUCAAAUGGAGCUGUUUGGGGAUGUUUCCAAGCCUCUGAUAGAGGAUCUUAUUCAUUGUAAAAAUGGGCUGCUGUUUACAUAUGGUGUUACUGGAAGCGGUAAGACCUUCACCAUGACUGGCUCACCUGGUGAGGGGGGACUCCUCCCCCGCUGUCUAGAUAUGCUCUUCAACACCAUUGGCCCCUUUCAGGCCAAAAGAUUUGUGUUUAAACCAGAUGAAAAAAAUGGGAUGGAGAUCCAGGGUCAAGUUGAUGCUCUUCUGGAGAGACAGAAGCGAGACAGUCAGCCGUCGGUGCCGAAAACGCCAUCCUCCAGGCAGAGGGCUGACCCGGAGUUCGCGGACAUGAUCAGCUCGGAGGAGGCGUGUAAAUCCGAAAAUGUGGACGAAGAUUGUUGUUACAGCGUUUUUGUGUCCUACAUCGAGAUCUACAACAACUACAUCUACGAUCUCCUCGAAGAUGCUCCGAUUGACCCCAUCCGUCCAAAACCGCCUCAAUCCAAGAUUCUCAGAGAAGAUCAGAAUCACAACAUGUACGUGGCGGGCUGCACAGAAGUGGAGGUCAAAUCGACAGAGGAGGCCUUUGAAAUCUUUUGGAAAGGACAAAAGAAAAGGCGGAUCGCCAACACUGAGCUCAACCGCGAAUCCAGCCGCUCGCACAGCGUGUUCACGGUGAAGUUGGCUCAGGCACCGCUCGACGCGGACGGGGACCACAUCCUGCAGGACAAAAACCAGGUGAGUGUGAGCCAGCUGUGUCUGGUGGACCUGGCCGGCAGCGAACGCACCAGCAGAACCAGAGCGGAGGGGAACCGUCUCCGCGAAGCAGGCAAUAUUAACCAGUCCUUGAUGACACUGCGCACAUGCAUGGAAGUCCUGCGUGAAAACCAGAUGUGUGGAACUAAUAAGAUGGUGCCUUACAGGGACUCUAAAGUUACACAUCUGUUUAAAAACUACUUUGAUGGAGAAGGAAAAGUCAGGAUGAUUGUGUGCGUCAACCCAAAGGCCGAUGACUAUGAAGAAACUAUGCUGGUAAUGCGAUUUGCCGAGAUGACCCAGGAGGUGGAGGUGGCGCGUCCGAUCGACCGGCCAAUCUGCGGCCUGGCUGCAGGUCGCAGACACCGAGCCCGGGCCUUCAAGGACGAGCUGUCCCAGCGCCUGGAGGAGCGAGGGCGUCCCAGCAGUGCCGUAGACGACCCGGCUCUCAUGAAUCAGCUGGUGGAAAGCCUUCCGGCUCUGCCUCACUUUGAGCUGCUGGACCCGGCGGAUGAUCAGUCCUUGCCCCGCCUGAUUGAGAUCCUGGAACGCAGGCUUCGUGUCCGUCAGAUGAUGUCGGAGCAGUUCGACAAGACUGCCACUACACUGAAGUCUAUGGUUCAGCAGUUUGACGGUCAGUUAAAUGCAAAAGAGACGUUCCUCCAAGAUCAGCGGUGCAAGCUGAGCGAGAAAGAAAAGAUCAUCAUGAGCCAGAAGACGGAGCUGGAACGAUUGGAGAAGAAAUCCAAGACGCUGGAAUACAAGGUCGACAUCCUGCAGAAGACCACGGACAUGUACGAGCAGGACAAGCGGUCGCUUCGCCACGAGCUGGAGACGAGAGAGCAGCGGCUGCAGAGGGAGCAGGCGGAGAGGAGGCGCAUGGAGCAGCGCAUGCAGGGCAUGGUGACCGACACCAAGCUCAAGUGGGAGAAGGAGUGUGAGAGGCGAGUGAACGCCAAGCAGCUGGAGAUGCAGAACAAGUUGUGGGUGAAGGAUGAGAAGCUGAAGCAGCUGAAGGCCAUCGUGUCGGAGAGCAGCAUCAGCAGUGGCGGGGGGGCAGGAGGAGGAGGAGGGUUCCCCCCCGAGCGCCCAGACAAACCCGAGAGGCCCUCGAGGGAGAAGGAUCACAACAUGGCGAGGUCCGCCUCGCCGUCGGCGCUUCACGAACUCGACCGCGCUCCCUCCCACCAAACCCGGGGUAAUGUUAGGGCAGAUCAGGACGCUUACCCCGACACCACCACCACCACCACCUCCUCCUCCUCCGACACCACCUCAGCUUAUCCCUCCGUAGCCUCCUGCAUCUCUGAUUGGGAGCACAGGUUCCCCGUAGCCUCGGGCAGCCACGCCGUGCACUCUGGGACUCCCCCGUGCAGGAGCCGGACGCCGGCCGCGUGCCACGGCGCCAGCAGCGUGGGUCGCAGGAGAGGCCAGCGCUGGGCCGCAGAGACCGAGGCCCCCGCGCCGACCGUCUAUGGGCUAGACCUUGAGCCAGGCACGAGGGCUCCGCUCCGCCCGACGCACCGGCGCUCUCACUCCGCGGGUGGGGAGAAAUGGGUAGACCACAAACCACCUUCUAAUUUGGACCUAGACACGGUCAUGCAGCCAAUCUUGCCCAAUGCGAUCAGGGUGUCGACCCCGAAUGAGAAAGCUCUGUCCAAAUGCCACAAGUAUGUGCUGAGGCAUCAAGAGCUUGCCUCAGACGGGGAGAUCGAGACCAAAUUGAUCAAGGGCAACGUUUUUAAGACGAGAGGCGGAGGACAAGCGGUGCAGUUCACUGACAUUGAGACACUAAAACAAGAGUUACCAUUAGCAUCAAGUCGCAAGCGGCGUUCAGGCUCCGGAGAAGGAGCCUCACAAAUGGAGGACAUAGAAAACAGGGCUCCAGUGGCAAGCACAAGUUCAGCCUUUGGCUAUCAAAAACGCAGGAAGCCUUAUUAAGUCGUCGGACACAUGAAGAGACUUUGGUUUUGAACAGAAAAGGGUCCCUCGUGAAACUAUGCAGCGGAGGAAUUUUUUUUAAUUCUGACUGAUGCCUAAAUGACUGAUUAACUCAUUUAGAAAGUGUCAGCGGUAAUUUGUGGCAUUAAUGUGUGUUUUUGUUUUUCAAUACUAGAAUGACGACCUCUUAAGGGUGUGGGCAUAUUGAGGAGGAAUUUAGGAUGCUUUUUGAUCUUUUUUUUCUUGCUUUUUUUUCUGCCUUUCUACUGCUACCCAAAGAACAUAAGAUUUGAGCUUCUGAACAAUAGACCAUUUUUUAUUCAUACGGUCAUAGCGUCCAUUUAUUGGAUGUUAAAAUGACAUGGCUGACGAGAAGAAAGAAACAGAUAAAGCAGUUGUUUUUUAGAAUUACAAUGUAACCUGUACAUAUAAAACUGUUUGCUAAAAAUCAAUCUCAGACUGACUGUAAAUAUAUUAUGAAGUUUUUUUUUACUUCUGCUUAUUGAAACGGCUCCUCCUGAGACUUGUGACAUUCUUGCUGGCAUUAAAUCUAUUCAAAUACAACCCGUCGCCAGAAUGACAUCUCAACUAAUGAAGUCUGACCUUAAAGUCUCCAUCUUUAAGGCCUUUGACGUUCAUUUAAAUUUCAAAUUAAAGAAUGAAUUUUCUGUGUAUAUUUAUGUGUUGACAUCUAUACCAUUCAGUCAUUAGAGAAUGUAUUUUUCUUUCUUUUAUUUUACCUUUCUGACAGAAAUGGGUAAUUUGCACUGUGAUGGCUCUCUCAGCACGACGCCGCAUUCCUUCGUUGAUUUUGAGCUUUUUAAAUUAUUCUUAUGUUAAAAUGAAUAGUGAGAUAUGAAUCCCAUUUAUUAGUUCAUAAUGUGACCAUCAGGUGGAACUAGAGCAUCAGAAUUUUUUUUUUUUGUUGGUCUGAGCUUGGAUCCUCUUAAUGUUGAUUCUUGUUUGAUAUUUGGUUUCACCUAAAAAAAAGUUGUCCAUCCUCUCAGAGUUCCCUGAAACCACACGAUGGGUUUGCGAGUCCAGUGGACAGCUGGUCCGUCUUCCCAGGAUGCCUUGCUGCGUCGUCAGCCAGAGGCCAUGCAACCGGGACGAUAAGGUCACCGAUUGGCUGAGCUGUUGCUAAUGUCUCCAGAGAUUAAAACUUCACAGCAAAUGAAGCCAAAAAACGUGCGUGUGCGUGUUUUAAUGGACGAUGUGCAUUUGGAAAAUUGCCUGUGGAAGACGGUCAUGAGGUCAGAAAAUCAAAGGCACUGAACCCUGAGGCAAAUCCUGAGGCGUCGGCUAAAAAAAAAAAAUCUGGUCAAAUAUGAGUCACUUCCUGUGUUGAUCUCGUCACUGUGGACAUAUUGACCCCUGUGGUCCACUGGCUGACCUUCAAAUAGUGUGGACACACCUGGUGCAGAGGGACAUGUAGACACACGCUGUGCCGCAUGUAGAAUUUCUGUCACCUGUGGUGACUUUAAUAUCCUUUUGGGAGGGGAAUUUAUUUUAUUUUUUUCUGUAGGCAGAGACGGGGUUAGUUUUUUUUUUUAAGUCAUCAAGCACAAGCAAAUGUUUUGGGUGGUUCAGCGACACCGAUAAAUUGUGGCCUUGGGUUUGUACUGCGGGGUCUUUUAUUUGAGGGUAAACGUGGCUCGAUGUUCUUUCACUUGAGACAAAGCCAUAAAAUUGCAAAAGGGAAAAA